AUGGGGCACCAGGUUCCAGGGUUCCACCUCAGCGGGACGGUAACAGAGCCAGCGACUGCAACAGAACCAGAGAUGACCUACAAAGUGGCCAUCAGCUUUGACCGCUGCAAAAUCACCUCAGUGACAUGCGGCUGUGGGAACAAGGACAUUUUUUACUGUGCCCACGUUGUGGCGCUUUCGCUGUACAGGAUCCGCAAGCCGGACCAGGUCAAACUCCGUCUUCCCAUCUCAGAGACCCUUUUCCAGAUGAACAGAGACCAGCUCCAGAAGUUUGUUCAGUAUUUGAUUACGGCACACCACACCGAGGUGCUGCCCACCGCCCAGAAGUUGGCAGAUGAGAUCCUGUCGUCCAACUCGGAGAUCAACCAAGUGCAUGGCGCUCCUGACCCCACUGCUGGGGCCAGCAUCGACGAUGAGAACUGCUGGCACUUGGACGAGGAGCAGGUCCGAGAGCAGGUGAAGCUGUUCCUAUCUCAGGGAGGGUACUACGGCUCGGGGAAGCAGCUCAACUCCAUGUUUGCCAAGGUCCGGGAGAUGCUGCGCAUGAGGGACUCCAAUGGGGCCAGGAUGCUGACGUUGAUAACGGAGCAGUUCAUGGCUGAUCCUCGACUCUCCCUCUGGAGGCAGCAGGGGACAGGCAUAACAGAGAAGUGCCGGCAGCUCUGGGGUGAGCUGGGGGCGCUGUGGGUGUGUGUGGUGUUAAACCCCCACUGCAAGCUGGAAGAGAAAUCCUGCUGGCUCCGGCAACUGCGCAAGUGGGGCGAGAUGGACGUCUGUCCCCUGGAAGAUGGCAAUUACGGUAAUGAGCUUCCCAACAUCACCAACGCGCUUACACAGAGCUCUGGUCACAGCCAAGACUCGCUGGCCAGGCCCAGACGAACCGUGUUCACUCGGGCGAUCGAGGGCUGUGACCUCCACUGGCAGGACAGCCACCUGCAGCGCAUCAUCAGCAGCGACUUCUACGUGUCUCCCUCCUACCAGCGUGAGGGCGAGAGCCUCCUAUUCAACUCCCAGGGGCAGCCGCUGUGGCUAGAACACGUCCCAACAGCCUGUGCUCGGGUGGAUGCCCUGCGCUCCCACGGCUAUCCCAGAGAAGCUCUCCGACUAACUGUUGCCAUAAUCAACACCCUGCGACUGCAGCAGCAAAGGCAGCUGGAAAUAUAUAAGCAUCAGAAGAAAGAGCUGCUGCAGCGAGGAGCAACAACCAUCACCAACUUGGAGGGCUGGGUUGGCCACCCUCUGAACCCCAUUGGCUGCCUCUUCCUCACUCUGACCGAAGCUUGUAGAUUAGAAGAGGAAAACUGCCUUGAAAUUUCAGACGCCGGGGACUCCAAACCCCCCGUGUAUCAACAUGUGCCCGUCGCAACCAGCAGCCAAGACAGCGGCGAGUCCUACCUGUCUCUGGCCUUAGAGGUGGCCCUGAUGGGCAUGGGUCAGCAGAGGGUGAUGCCUGAGGGUCUGUAUGCCCAGGACAAGGUGUGCCGCAACGAGGAGCAGAUCAUCGCCCGGCUGCAGGACCUGGAGCUGGACCCGGUGCUGGUGCAGACCCUGCGGAAGCAGUGCAUCUUGCUGCUGGAAGGUGGUCCCUUCAGCGGCCUGGGAGAAGUCAUCCACCGUGAGAGCGUCCCCAUGCACACCUUUGCCAAAUACCUGUUCUCUGCCCUGCUGCCCCACGAUGCAGACCUGGCGUACAAGCUGGCUUUGCGGGCCAUGAGGUUGCCUGUCCUGGAGACCACGGCACCGUCCAGCGAUGUGACUCACCCCCACCACCUGGUCUCGGUGGUCCCCAGCAGAUACCCGCGCUGGUUCACCCUGGGGCACCUGGAGUCGCAGCAGUGCGAGCUGGCCUCCACCAUGCUCACAGCAGCCAAAGGUGACAUGCUGCGCCUGCGCACAGUGCUGGAGGCCAUCCAGAAGAACAUCCACUCCUCCUCUUUGAUCUUCAAGCUGGCCCAAGAUGCGUUCAAGAUUGCCACGCCAAAAAACUCGGCCCCGACGCUGCUCAAUGUGGCGCUGGAGCUGGGGCUCCAGGUGAUGCGCAUGACCCUGUCCACCCUCAACUGGCGGCGGCGGGAGGUGGGGAGGUGGCUGGGGCCAUGCUCCAGCGCUCUGCCGUGACCCUGGUGUUUUCUUGCAGGGGUGAGGGCCCUGGUGAGCAUCCUGCAGAGCUGGUACUCGCUGUUCACCCCCACGGAAGCCACCAGCAUCGUGGCAGCCACGGUGAUGGCGCACAACACCAUCCUGGGAAACUGCGCCCUGUCCGCCCUGACCCUCUGCGAGAAGGACCACAUCGCCUUUGAGACCGCCUACCAGAUCGUCAUCGAUGCUGCCUCCACCGGCAUGACCUACACCCAGCUCUUCACCAUCGCCCGCUACAUGGAGCACCGGGGCUACCCGCUCCGGGCCUUCAAACUGGCCUCGUUGGCCAUGACGCAUCUCAACCUGGCCUACAACCAGGACACGCACCCGGCCAUCAACGACGUGCUCUGGGCCUGCGCCUUGAGCCACUCUCUGGGCAAAAACGAGCUGGCGGCCAUCAUCCCACUGGUGGUGAAGAGUGUGCACUGUGCCACGGUGCUCUCGGACAUCCUUCGCCGCUGUACCAUGACGGCCCCGGGGCUGGCUGGCAUCCCCGGUCGCAGGAACUCUGGGAAGCUGAUGUCCACCGACAAAGCCCCCCUGCGACAGCUGCUGGACGCGACGAUAAGCGCGUACAUCAACACCACCCACUCCCGGCUCACCCACAUCAGCCCGCGUCACUACGGGGAGUUCAUAGAGUUCCUCAGCAAGGCCAGGGAGACCUUCCUCCUGGCGCAGGACGGGCACAUACAGUUUGCCCAGUUCAUUGACAAUCUCAAACAAAUCUACAAAGGCAAGAAAAAACUGAUGCUGCUGGUGCGGGAACGGUUUGGGUGAGCCCCGGCCCCUGCCAUGCUCACUGGCAGGGUCCGGCCGCAGCGCGGUGAUUCAGAGAGAAGGAAGGAAAGUGGAGGUCACCUUCCCCCCAUCGGCAGAGGCUGCUCUGUUCUGGUCUUCUGUUUCUUUUUUAUGUUUUCCUUCUUUUUCUUUUGUUUUUUAUUUUUUUCUUUCUUGGAUUUAACCAUUUCACAUGCUGAGAGGAUCCAGAGAUUCCUUGGGCACAAACCAAAAGGCAACCAUGGGGAAAAAGGAUGGUUCGCUCAGCCCCCUGCCCUCCCUUGCCAAUACCAAAAGCUAACCUGGAAGUCUAAUACCUCUUUCCUGAAAGAAGCAGUCGCUGGAGGGAGCCGAAGGUUGCAAAGUGCAAAAAAAAAAAAUCUU